AUGCCAGACAAGGACGCAGGCGAAACAGAAUGGACCAUCUCAGGCCGCUACACAGGCCGGAGCGACAUUCCUUUAACUCCCCAUGGAGAAACCCAAGUUUCCUCUUCCGCUGGCGUUCUAGUCGGCCCCUCCAAAAUUAUCAAUCCUUCGAGGCUCGCGCACAUAUUCAUCUCUCCGCGAACCCGCGCUCGUCGCACAUUCGAAAUCCUCUUUGACGAAAAAACACAGCAACAACUUGCAGAUAAAACAGAAGUCACAGAAGAUAUUAGGGAAUGGGAAUAUGGAACUUAUGAAGGGUUACUGACUGCGCAAAUCAGAGCUGCGCGGAAGGAACGGGGUUUGGAUGCAGAGAGACCGUGGAAUAUUUGGACGGAUGGAUGUGAGGAUGGAGAAAGCGCGGAUGAAGUGAAGGAGAGAUUGGAUGGGGUUAUUGCGAAAAUCAGGGAAAUGCAGGGCCCGUAUAUGCAUGGGGAGAAGGGGGUGGAUGUUGUGUUGAUUGCGCAUGGACAUAUUCUGAGAGCGUUUGCGAAGAGAUGGAUUGGGUUUGAGUUGGGAAGAGCGUUGCCCAUGAUGCUUGAGCCGGGAGCUGUAGGUGUGUUGAGUUAUGAACAUCAUAAGGUUGAUGAACCGGCAUUUUUGUUGGGUGUAAACAUGGGUGCUAGCGAAGAGUAA